CCCUCAUUGACUUUGAAAAAAUUUUGCAAUUUCACAAAUUUCUUAUUUUUUAUGUAUUUUGUAAAAUAUGACAGUGGCGUAGCUAGAAUUUUCAAUGACUUGUAAAAUAAAUUUUUAUUAUUUCAAUUGCUCAAAAAUGCAUGUCAUUUUUCGCCCCGUAAUUAAKAAUUGUUUACAUUGUUCACAUUACAUCAAACAACAGCUAAUAAAAGUGUUUUUCAUUUAAUAAUACAUGUGUGCGAUUACAUAACAUGCCCCUCUAUUACUCUUUAUGAAUGUAAUUUUUCAAUUGACAAUAUUUAGACCAACAAACAAUUGAACUUGCAAAAACCUCCUAUAUAAUUGUCGCAAUUUAGGGAUUUUCUUGCUUAAUUACUCUACUCCAAGGCCUACUAUAUAAAAAGCGCAGUUUUGUCACGCCAGCCAGACCAUGAGUGCAACAGUUGACGAUCUCCACCACUGGGUGGCCAAAAUGAUGACUUCCCUCCACAUCCCCUCCUACACCCUCGACAUUGGGGGAAACACCCCCAAAGGCGACGGCUACUUGGGCGAAGUGACGUUCCUCCAAGCCCACGCUGGGGGAAAAACCUACGAUUUGGUGAUCAAAUCGGCGAAAAAAAGCGAAGAYUUYCGAAAACAAACGCCGAUCAAGGAGGCRUACGAUCGCGAGAUUUUCUUCUACAGCAAGAUUUUCCCCCUCUUGGAGGAGUUUCAGCGCCAAAAACGCGUCCCCAAGAUUUUCAGCAACGUGCCAAAGUGUUUCAGCGUGUCGGACGACGUGAUGAAAGAAGCUGUGAUUCUGCAAAACCUGAAAAGUGAGGGGUUUCAGCUGCACGACCGGAAACAGCCGAUGAAUCUCGAGCACGUUUUGGCGGUGGUUCGGCAUUAUGGGAAAUUCCAUGCCCUGUCGCUGGGGCUGAAACUGAAAAAACCCGCGGUUUUUCAGAGCUUUGGGCGGAAUUUGGGCGAUCUUUUCGGGCUUUUUCUCACGAGAGGGGACAUGAUUGGCGUCUAUCGCAAGGAGUUUCAGCACGUGAAAACGCUACUAGAGCCUGAAAUUCAGCACAAGUUUGACGGGUUCGAGGAGGACCUUGAGAGGAUUUUGGUGGGGCUGUCGGAUGAAAAUACCGAACCCUCGGUCCUGCUGCAUGGGGACUGCUGGAACAACAACUUCAUGUUCAAAUAUCAAGGUGAGGACAGGUCAAAACCUGUGGAAAUGUGUUUUUUGGACUUCCAGCUCAUCCGAAUCGGCUCACCCAUCAUCGACUUGUCCUACUUCCUCUACUGCUGCGCCGACGGGGAAGUCCUCAAAAACUUCGAUUUGAUCCUCCAGACGUACCACUCGAGUUUUUGCGACUUUUUGGCCGACUUGGGCUGCGACCCCGAGACCCUUUUUCCCCUCAAAAACCUCAAAGAGCAGUGGCGGGAGUUCGGAAAGUACGGUCUAGCCCAGUCGCUUUUCAUACUCAAAAUCAGCUUGUGCGACUCGAGCGAGGCCCCAGACAUGAUGGAAUCGGCGGAAAAUGGCGAUUUCAAGGACUCGUUUCACAUCAAAUUGCAAAAUGAGGACGACUUUAAUCAGAGAGUUAAGGACGUUUUCGAGCAUUUCGCCCACAAGUUUCUCUAAAACAUAAUAAAAUGUCUAU